GUCACACGGGAAGGGGCGGGGCCAGCCCGGACGAGGGGGGCCGCGGGUAGUUGCCAUGGCGGCGGCGGACUGUGUGCUGAAGCUGGGGGGCAGCGCGCUGACGCACAAGGGGCGGCGGGAGAGCGCGCGGGACGGGGCGCUGCGCAGCGCCGCGGGGCUGGUGCGGGAGCUGUGCGCGGCCGGCGCCGGGCGCUGCAUCGUGGUGCACGGAGCGGGCUCUUUUGGGCAUUUCCAAGCGAAGGCACAUGGUCUGGCUUCAGGGUCACCGACGAACAGUGAAAGUCUACGACAGGGGCUGUGUCUGACCAGGAUUUCUGUCACCAAGCUGAACCACAUGGUGACAGAACAGCUGGUGAUGUGCGGAGUCCCAGCAGUGGGCAUUUCGCCCUUUGGAGCCUGGAGGACAGCAGGCAGGAAAAUCACCCAGGCUGGCAUUGCUGCCAUAAGGGACUCCUUGGAAGCAGGAUACAUCCCAGUCCUUCAUGGGGACUGUGUUCUGGACUCGGAGCAGCACUGUAGUAUCUUAUCUGGUGACACAAUCAUUGAGGUUCUGUCCCGUGAAUUCUCACCGAAGCGAGUGGUGUUUCUCACUGAUGUCAAUGGAAUCUAUGAUCGUCCACCCGAUACCCCAGGUGCCACAUUGGUGGAUUCCAUUGCCGUCAAUGCUGAUGGAAGCAUAGACCCACCUGUGCUCACAUCUGCACUGCCACACGAUGUAACUGGGGGGCUGGCCCUGAAGUUACAGACUGCAAUCAACAUAGUUACUCAGAGUAAUGGCUCCAUCCCUGUGCUGAUCUGUAAACUUGAAAGUGAAGUGGCCAAACGAGCCUGUUUAACUGGAGAGCUUAGAACAGACCAACACAGCUGCAACCAGCACCAGUGGAACUACAAUGAUUCACACCAGCAGAUCCAUCCAAUGUGUGCUGUGUAUCCUACUGUAUUCUCUUAUGGAAGACAGCUGAGAAAGGCUAAAAGCUUUGUGACUGAUUUUCACCUACUAAAGGCAGAGGGAGCAAGAUUACGUCAGUGAGAGGGAGAAAGUGAGACUGACACAG